GGCUGUAGGUACAAUGGACGAUUCUAUGCGGAAGGAAGCUCAUUCCCGUCAUCUGAUGGAUGCAACACGUGUACGUGUAGAAGAGGAAACGUUGGGUGCACUGAGAAAUUGUGUGGUUGUACGUACAACGGACGAUUUUAUGUGGGAGGAAGCUCAUUCCCGUCCACUGAUGGAUGCAACACGUGUAUGUGUAGAGGUGGAAACGUUGGGUGCACCGAAAAAUUGUGUGGUUGUAGGUACAAUGGACGAUUUUAUGCGGAGGGAAGCUCAUUCCCGUCCACUGAUGGAUGCAACACGUGUACGUGUAGAGGCGGAAUUGUUGCUUGCACCAAGAAAUUUUGUGACCAAUGCCCACCUAUUACU